AUGCAAUUCUUUACUUCAGCAAUCAUUUUGAUCUUAGCUUCUACUACUUUAGCUAAAACCAUCCUUUUAACUAAUGAUGAUGGUUGGGCUGCUACCAACAUUAGAGCAACCUACUACAAGUUGUUAGAGGCUGGUCACGAUGUUUACUUGGUUGCCCCAGUUAGCCAAAGAUCAGGUUGGGGUGGUAAAUUCGAUCUUCCAGGAUUACCAACUUUAGAAACUGAUGGUGGUUUCAACUAUCCUUGUUCUGGUGCUCCAUCUUGGGGUCACGAAGUUGAUGAUGACCAUAUCUGGUAUUUCAAUGGUACUCCGGCUUCUUGUGUUGCUUUUAGUGCUUCUUACCUUUUACCAAACCGCUUCAAUAACAGCAACAAGAUCGAUUUAGUCGUUUCAGGUCCAAAUGAAGGUCAAAAUUUAUCUCCAGGUUUAUUUACCAUUUCCGGUACCCUUGGUGCUACCUACAACUCUGUCUACAGAGACCUUCCAGCUAUUGCUUUCUCUGGUGCCAAUACCAACAACUCAUUCUACCAAGAUGACUUGGACUUGAAUGAUGGAAUGGAACCAUCUACAAUUUAUGCGAACAAGAUCACCGAAAUGGUUGUUCAGCUUUUCGAAACCCAAGGUGACAACGAACGUGCUUUACCUGUUGGUGUUGGUCUUAAUGUCAACUUUCCUGCCGUCGGAUAUCAAAACGAAACCUGCACCAAUCCAAAAUGGGUCAGAACUAGACUUACCGGAGAAGCUUCUGCUGGUCCAGAUAUUGAAUAUGAUGCCAUUUCUGGACUUUUCGUCUGGGUUUACAGUACCUACAGUUCUGCUGCUGCUUUUCAAACAUGUCAAGUAGGUGACUGUACAUUGCCAUCUGAAUCUUGGGUUGUUGGGUUCUUAGACUGUUCCGCUUCUGUUUCUGUUUUCAGCAUUGACUAUGAUGCUACAACCAGCUUAGGUCAAGAAGCUGCAAACCUAAUUGCUCCAUUAUUCGAAAACUAA